UUUUUCUUGGCACUAUUUUAGUAUUGAAAAAUUAUACAAUAAUAUAUAUGCCAUUUGUGUUGUGAUGUGCACCACAUCAUUCGUAUUCAAUGACAAAUAGAAGAAAAUCAUCUGGAGACAUUUUGCAUUCUUGGUUGGUUGAUGUUAAAAGUAGAAUAUUUUUAGCUAAACUUGUCAUAGCAUGAUAUUUCUGUGGUGAAAAUAAAUAUUAUAUAUAGACUUAUUAAGAAAAUUUGUGAUGUUGAGUAACUGAGGAGAAUUGCAUUCUACGAACUGUAGGAUUUGCUUUCAUAUUUGCGAUAGCUUCUAUUUUCUUUAGUAUUUGAUCCUCUGUCAGAGUCAAGAAAUUGUCGAUGAUGUUAUGUUGUUUGGAAUCGUUAUUAAGAAUUGAUGGGCCUUGCUGACACCAGCAAUUUGUUUGUAUACUGCCCAAUCAAUUCCAAGUCUUCGGAAUUGAGGUUGGGUCAUAUUAGAGUUAUUAUGAGAUAUUGGAACCAGUUGUAGGUGUUGAGGUUGAGUCUGGUUCACCAGAAGUACAGGUGAUGGGAAAUACUGGUUUGAGUGAGAUCUUUUUGUAGCAUGAUUUUAAUUGAAAAGCAGUGUCAGUAUUAGCAAUUAUACCUUAAAAUCUCCACAAGCCUCAAAUUCAAUAAUGGGAGUAAAGUAGAAAUCUAAAUAAAUAUCUGGUUCAGAUGUUUAUAUUCCAUUUAUGUGUAACACCUACUUGUUCCUUAGACACUGAUAUGAAAUCCAGGGGCAUUCAUCAGAAUAAUGUGUUUAUAAAUAACAGAUGACAGAAACUACUACAAACUAUUGGGAAGAUCAGCCAAAAAUUUAGUUGCAAUUUGGUUAUAUUUGAUAUGUGUAUUGGUGUUCUUAUAAGUUUUGCAAAAUGGAAAGUUUCUCAAGCGACAGCAGUUACCAUGCCUUUGCUAGUGAAAGUAGUGUUAGUGACUAUUCCUCCCCACAAAAUUUUCGCAACGUUGGAGCAAGAUCUACCAAUGUCAAGUGUCGUUACUUUAUGAACAAUGGUUAUUGCUUUUAUGGUGAAAAUUGUCAGUUCCAGCAUGUUUCAGGAGGAAAUAUGAAUGGACCAAACCAAACAAAACAAGACCAAUAUUACAAUACCAGUGAAGAUGAUUCAGCAUUCACACCAAGUUCUACUGCAAAUACCUCUUUUUUACCUGGAGUAGCAAACAUUUCAAAACACAUGGAGCAUCCAAAACAAAGACUUUUUUCAAAAGGUCAUCCAGUAAAUGGCAAAGAACAAUCAAAUGAAAUGCUUCAACAGCAGUUUAGAAGAAUGAGAUUGAUGCAACAAAAUGCAGAAAAAGACUACCAUCAAAGCAAUAUGUCACAUCAAAAAAAAGUUCAACCUCUUCACUUUCAAGGUCACAAAACUGACAAAACGUCAUACUUUAUUGCACAGCAAAUGAGAGAAGAAUUACAAAACCAGCGAUUGUUAUUGUUAAAGGAUCCGAAGGAGACUGGACUUCCAGAAAUCAUCGAAAAUUAUCGUAGCUUGUAUCCUUUGGAGGAUAUUAAAUCGCCAGUUCAAGGUCAACGCCUACUUGGAUACACGUCAACUUGUUUUAGAGUAAUAAAUAUUAAAGAUGGGUUACAUUACUGCAUGAGAAGAAUUCAUGGCUUUCGUUUGUUAAAUCCAAAAGCGGUGAGUAGUGUUGAAAAAUGGAAGAAAAUAAGUAACUCGAAUAUUGUUCCUCUCAAAGAAGCAUUUACGACGAAAGCUUUCGGUGAUAUGUCUCUUGUCUUUAUCUAUACGAAUUAUCCUGGAGCUGAAACAUUGAUGAGCAGGCAUUUCACUGGUCCACGAGUGCGGAGUCCCCCUGCAAUGGAUAUGUCGAACAAUUACACGUGGUCAUCUCAAGGCUCUAUGUCGGGCUACAAAAACCAUAAGGGGACGCAAAAAGUCAUGCCAGAAAGGUUAAUAUGGAGUUACGUAAUCCAAUUGACGGCAGCAAUUCGACAGAUUCACAGUACAGACUUAUGCUGCCGAAUAAUUGAUCCAUCGAAAGUUCUUCUGAUAGGAAAUUCGAGAUUAAGAUUGAACUGUGCUGGCAUUUUGGAUGUGCUAACGUCUGAUGCUGACUUAACUCCUGCAAUGAUCAAACAUUACCAGCAAGAAGAUCUAGUUGCGCUUGGGAAACUCAUACUCGCAUUAGCCUGUUAUUCAAUUGAAGCUGUGAAUAGAGACAACGUGCAGCAGUCAAUGGAAUUUGUGGCGAAAAAUUAUUCAAGCGAUUUAAAGUCAUUGAUAUGGCAUCUAAUUAGUAGUCAAUUGACCUCGAACCCACACAGCAUAAACGAAGUCAUGCCUGUCAUAGGUGCUAGGUUUUACAGCCAACUUGAUUCAACACAAUCCAGAUGCGAUCUUUUAGAGAAUGAAUUGUCCAAGGAACUCGACAAUGGACGAUUACUAAGGAUUUUAGCCAAGUUGGGCACUAUACUUGAGCGAUCCGAGUAUGGCAUGGAUGUGGAAUGGUCGGAGACUGGAGAUCGUUAUCUUUUGAAACUUUUCCGAGAUUAUUUGUUUCAUCAAGUUACUGAUAUUGGCUCCGCUUGGAUCGAUUUUGCACACGUGGUAUCCACGUUAAACAAGCUGGAUGCUGGUACGUCUGAACGUAUCUGUUUGAGUUCACAGGAUGAGCAGUCUAUUCUUGUCGUAUCUUAUCACGAUUUAAAGGCGUGUCUUGAAACAGCGUUUUCUGAACUCAUUCAAUCGUCGGAGAUGUCGUGAAAAGUUAUCGUCUUCUUGCGACGGAGUGAUCAAGGGAGAAGGUAUCCGAUAUUUUUGAAUUGGGAGUUUUUAUUAAAACAGGACGCACAGUGACAAUUAUUGUAUUAAAUGGAACGCGCAUUCACAAACAUAGCUGUGUUGUAAAAUAUGUACAUUCGCGUGUAUAUUUAUUUGGAGUAAAAAAAUCGAUUUCAGAAAUUCUUCCUUUACGCGCUCACUCGUCAGUGCUCUAAACUCGCGAUAGGCUUUUUUACAGAAAAACGAACAUGUGAUGGUGGAUAGAAAUUGUGUUCGUAUGUUAGGGAUUUGAUCAUCUUUUUUUACUGAUUCUAAGAAAGGAAUAUUUAGUUAUAUAGUUUUCACCAAGCGAAA